CACUCGCCACCGCCUCCGUCAGAACAUGGCUUCCUCGGAACUCACCAUGGAGGAGUGCGUCCCGUCUCCCGGCACCCCAGACUCGAGGAAGAGGCCCUUAGACAUCGACUCUGACGAUGCCAUAUCCAAGAGAUCACACUAUAUACCUGCAGACAUGCAGAGUGACGGAACAUACCACCUCAAAAUCCUUGUCCCAAGCGUGGCAGCUGGUGCCAUAAUUGGCAAGGGAGGUGAGACUAUUGCUCAACUCCAGAAAGAUACAAAUGCCCGAGUCAAGAUGUCAAAGGCAAAUGAUUUUUACCCAGGUACAACGGAGCGCGUUUGUCUGAUCACAGGCAACGUGGAUGCCAUCUUGACAGUCUUGUCAUUCAUAAUGGAGAAGAUAAAGGAAAAGCCAGAUCCCAAUGCCAAGCCAGCCAUUGACUUUGAUAAUAAACAGACAGCAGAGAGAGAGAAACAGAUUUCAAGAAGUGCUCGCUCCCCACAGGUGAAGAUUUUGGUCCCAAACAGCACAGCUGGGAUGAUCAUUGGGAAGGGUGGCACUUACAUCAAGCAGAUCAAGGAGGAAAGUGGAGCAUACGUUCAGAUCUCUCAGAAGGCCAAAGAUCAGUCUCUGGCUGAACGGUGCAUCACAGUCAUCU